AUGGCGCUGUGUAAGAAGAAAAUACGUGGUAAAAAAUGUGACUCCACACUCGCAUUUGUAUGUUACAAUCUUAUUGCGGGGAUCCACAGUGCGCAUAAUUUGGCACCAGCUAGGAUAUCACUUUGUUCCACUACAAUGUCUUCCGUUCUCAAAUCUCCACUCACCAAAAACUUAAAAGUUGCCUUAAUCCAGUUGAAAGCUGGAGCAGACAAGGCUGCAAACCUAAGCAAAGUCCAAUCUUAUAUAGACAAAGCGGUUAGCGAGUCUACAAUCGGAAAGCCAGAUGUGGUGAUGUUGCCAGAGUGUUUCAAUUCGCCCUAUGCUGUUGACAAAUUUAGGGAAUAUGCCGAGGUUAUUCCAGGAGGAGAAACCACCAAGUUUUUGGCACAAUUGGCUAAACGGCAUGGCGUAUUCAUUGUCGGAGGCUCCUUUCCCGAAAGUGACCAAGAUAAGAUCUACAACACUUCUUUGACCUUCAGCCCCAGUGGCGAUAUAAUUGCCAAGCACCGCAAAGCACACUUGUUUGACAUCGAUAUUCCCAAUGGAAUCACUUUCAAGGAGCUGAUCACACUUAGUGCUGGAGAUAAAGCCACUGUUUUCGGCUUGGGAGAUUUCGGAACAGUUGGUUUAGGAAUCUGCUACGAUAUCCGGUUUCCUGAACUUGCAAUGGCUGCUCUGAGAGCGCCCCACAAUGCUUUUGCUAUGUUCUAUCCUGGAGCCUUUAACACUACUACUGGUCCACUUCACUGGCACCUUUUGGCAAGAGCUCGUGCAGUGGACAAUGAAGUUUUCACUGUCUUGUGCAGCCCGGCCAGAGAUGUUGGGGGAAGUGGCUAUCAAGCAUACGGCCACUCUUUGGUGGUAGACCCAUCGGGAAAAAUCAUUGCUGAAGCAGGCGAAGGAGAAGAAAUUUUGUACGCUGAACUUGACCACUCUUUGUUACCUUCUGCUCGGACUGGAAUUCCAGUGCACUACCAAAGAAGAUUCGAUAUUUAUGAUGAUGUGACUACUAGCACAAAGACUAGUGCAAUCUAA